AUGAGGCCUGGAGUACGAGAGCUUGUGCUAUUGCUUACUGUCUCAUUGGUUAUGGGGAAGUCAAAAGACUCUGUUGCACGUCAAGAGGAUCUUGCAAGCUUUGCGAUACGAAAGUUGGCAGAGAUGUGCACAACUUCAACAUGUCUCUGCAGCAAUUUGGCUGCAUGGAGCCUGGAGACCUGCGCGAGGUGCUCCACACAGAGCCUCGACUGUAGCGACGACACAGAGUUACUGUUGCAAGCUUGGAACGAGUCCAUCGACGCCUUGGACUUGUCAUCAAUCGUAUUUGCAGUUCCAGAGCCAGCACCUUCCCCCACCAUCGUUUCUCCCCUUCUUUCCUUGACCUUGACCAACGUUGACGCCUCUUACGAGCCGACGCCAACUUCAGCAUUUGUCUCGAUGGCAGAGGAGCACUCCGACGAGGACGAUAUUCCAUCUAUCGCUGAAAACGACGCCGAUGGGUGCUUGCUGGAGCUCAAUGAGGUGGCAUACCCUAGCCCUCCGGCAAUGUGGCUGGACCCGAAGACAAUCCCGAUCGAUCCAUUGCCCUCGAGAGGGCCCGGUCGAGUGGUCUUACCCGCCCCCGUCCCAACUCUAGAUACUGACGUAAUACCUGUACGCGCCCCUCCACUCACAGAUAUCGUCCCCAGUGACGAAGCACAUCCAAUAAGGAGUCCGGACUCGCCCAGCCCUCAGGGUACCACUCAUGCUCAACACAUGACAGUUCCGAAGGACCAGCAACUUGAAGAGGAAGCUGCAGUAGACUCGGACGUAACGCACACCCUCACACCCCUGAGGUUGACGCCGACUCCGACUUCCGUUAUGGUUGUACUCUCCACGCUCGCUUCCUCUGGGUUCACAAGUACAGUCGUGACGACAAUCACUCAGACACUACCUGCUGUUCCUGAGUUUGGUGGAAUGAAACCGAUUGCGGGCAGCCGCGGUGAGCGUCCUCUCGCCGAAGCCACUCCCGAAGAGAACACUACGACGAGUCAGCGGAGGAUUACAUCUCCUGGUACAUCGAUGUCCGGGGCUACAUUUGUACCAACGGACGGAGCAGAAGUAGAGUUAGACGACUCGGAUGCGUCCAACGAAGGAUACACUGUCUCGCGGGUAUCGACAUCGAUUUCUGUAGCUGCUGUACUUUCGCUAGUCCUUCUACAUGCAUUUUCAUGA